AUGAGCAUUAGUCUUGGUUUAUCGAGGGUCACCAAGUUGCUGGGUUUGUUGGGAAACCCUCAAGAGCGGCUGCAAGUGUUGCAUGUUGCCGGUACGAAUGGCAAAGGUUCUGUAUGCUCGUAUUUAUCGUCAUUGCUCCAGAACAGGUCAAACCAUGUUGGUAAGUUCACCACGCCACAUUUGGUACAGAUAACGGACUCAAUCACAAUCAACAAUGACUCAAUUCCAUGGGAUACGUACCACAGGAUACGAGGUGAUUUAGACUUGCUUAAUACCAAACAUCGACUCGAUUGCACCGAAUUUGAACUGUUAACUUGUACUGCUCUGAAGUACUUCCAUGAUGUCAAAUGCGAAUGGUGUGUCUUGGAAGUAGGUCUAGGAGGGCGAUUAGAUGCUACCAAUGUCAUUCCAGGCCACCAGAAGGCUGCUUGUGGGAUUACAAAGAUAAGUCUAGAUCAUGAAGCAUUCCUUGGAAACACUCUGUCACAAAUUGCAUUUGAGAAGGCUGGUAUAAUUACCAAGGGUGUGAAGUUUGCUGUUAUAGACGGCUCUAACGAUCAAUCGAUCCUGCAGGUUGUUAAACAAAGAUGCGAUGAGAUUGGAUGUAAGCUCGAAGUGACAAAUCCAGAUUUGAAGGAUCUUGCCAUGGAAACAAAGACGUGGGGUCGCAUAGUACUUGAUAAAUUUCCUCUCAACGGCGGUUAUCAAAUUUGUAAUUUGAGAGUCGCACUAGGUAUUCUCGAUACCCUCCAAGAGCGGGCGUUGGUAAAUUUGUCUACUGACGCCAUUGUUGCUAGAUUGCGCAAUGUCAGCUGGCCUGGAAGACUGCAAAAAUUAGACUACUGCUCUGAUUCCGUUACAAAGACUAGGAUACCAAUACUACUAGAUGGCGCACACAACGGCAGUGCAGCAAUCGAGUUGUCCAAAUUUCUGAGGAGCGAAUACGGUGAGCAGCCUUUAACAUUUGUUAUAGCGAUAACAAGUGGCAAGAAGCUGGAGCCUUUGCUUGCUCCGCUACUACGUAGCCAGGAUCGCGUCCUUGUGACCGCAUACGCUCCCGUCGAUGGAAUGCCGUGGGUCCAUGCAAUGGAUGUUCAGGAACUGGCAUCUGAAAUUGGAAAAGACUAUACAAAAAACGUCGAAGCUCAACAGAGCCUGCAUAAUAUAUUUUCAUCCCUGGCCCAUGAUGAGCAAGCUACUCCAAUCGUGAUAUGUGGAUCUUUAUACCUGUGCGGAGAGCUACUUCGUAUGCAUAAAAAAAACCUUGGACGUUAA